GCGAUGACUCGACGACGGGGACGAAUUGCCAGGCCGACAACACCGGGUUUCAAAGGGCAGUCAGUAUCGGUUAGAAUCUGAUCCGGUUCGGACGUGAAAGGUGUUUGUUAAAGAUAGUUAGUGAAGGAGAUAUUAAGGAUAUCAAGACUUACGAACGUUGGAAGUAUUUAUGCUGGAUGGUUAGGUAAUCGGAGCUUGCAUUCGUGAAAGACUCCAAUCUAACUGGAAGUGAUAGUACCCCGACAGUUGCAUUUGUCGGUGCAUUGUGUUUGUUCGCAAGUGCCGUCGAACCGAGUAGACGAUCUCGACGUAUACUUCUCGUUACUCAUCAACUGUAUAGUGAAUGAUAUUCCAGCCGUGGAACAGUGGUAGAACGAACAUACAGACAUACGCCAGCCAGCUCGUACCUCCACAGUUAGUGCUAUAGUUAUAAUCGCUCCGAGAGCAUGUGUUCUGGUUUAGUGCAAUUUUGCAAUAUAUAACGCGGAUUGUCGUUUGACGGUGAAGCAGAACUAUAUACGCUGAUUGUGAUGCAACUGAUAACUGUUACACCGUUGACGUACGGCUCACUGGGAAAAUAUUGAAAUGUGCUAAAGUGACUGAAAGUUACGGUGAAAGUAAAUACACGUUUGCAGUAACUAAACAAAAACCUUGUGCGGUAGAUGCAAUAUUAAGGCCGUUUGAUUGCGUAUUUGAAACUAUACUAACAGUGAGGCGAAUGUUUGUGCAUAAAUAGGGAAACUAGCGAAUAUGUGUUUGCUGACCGAUCCGACGUGAGAUCAUUUUUUUGCACCAGCUCUGUGAAACGUAUAAACGUGAAACAAGUUUUGAAAAUACUGGAAAAUUGAGUACUGUCAGGACCUGGACGAUUCAAGUGGACGAUAAAUAGCUGUUACAAUGGGAAUGACCAAACAGCAGAGCUUGGGUCACCAGCAGAAAUCCGCCGGAAAGGCUACAACAGGACUUAACAGGGGCGGUGAUUCCGGGGCCGGAACAACCGUAUCCCACAAGCAUCAGCAUCAUCAGCAGAAGCACACUGUGCAUUGGUUUCGGAAGGGCCUACGCUUGCACGACAAUCCGGCAUUGCGUGAGGGUCUCAAAGAUGCCGCCACGUUUCGGUGCGUGUUCGUCAUCGAUCCUUGGUUCGCUGGGAGCUCUAACGUUGGCAUCAACAAGUGGAGAUUCUUACUCCAGUGUUUGGAGGAUUUGGACCGCAAUCUGAGGAAGUUGAAUGCACGUCUGUUUGUCAUCAGGGGGCAACCGGCCGAUGCACUUCCGAAGCUUUUCAAGGAAUGGGGCACUACUUGUCUCACUUUCGAGGAAGAUCCAUAACCGUUCGGUAAAGUCCGAGACCAUAAUAUCUCUGAGAUGUGUAAAGAACUGGGCAUAGAAGUCAUUUCGGCUGUGUCGCAUACUUUGUACCAAUUGGAGAGGAUAAUCGAUAAAAAUGGUGGACGAGCGCCACUCACCUAUCACCAGUUCCAAGCUAUCAUCGCCUCGAUGGAUGCUCCUCCUCAGCCGGAACCAGCCAUUACGCUGGACAUAAUCGCUAAUACUUCAACGCCACAGUGUGAAGAUCAUGACGACAAGUACGGAGUUCCAACCUUGGAGGAAUUGGGCUUCGAGACGGAAGGUCUGAAACCACCCAUUUGGGUGGGGGGUGAAACGGAAGCUUUGGCCCGUCUCGAACGACACCUGGAGCGUAAAGCAUGGGUUGCUUCCUUCGGGCGACCGAAGAUGACUCCACAAUCACUUCUCGCGAGUCAAACGGGUCUGUCACCUUAUCUACGGUUUGGUUGCCUCAGCACAAGACUUUUCUACUACCAGUUGACAGACCUCUACAAGAAAAUCAAGAAAGCUUGCCCACCAUUGUCGCUUCAUGGUCAACUUCUUUGGCGGGAGUUCUUCUACUGUGCCGCAACAAAGAAUCCUAAUUUUGACAAGAUGGCUGGUAAUCCUAUCUGCGUUCAGAUCCCAUGGGAUCGGAAUGCGGAGGCCCUGGCCAAGUGGGCAAGCGGACAAACGGGCUUCCCGUGGAUAGAUGCCAUUAUGACGCAGUUGCGAGAGGAGGGCUGGAUUCACCACCUGGCGCGUCACGCGGUGGCUUGCUUUCUAACACGUGGUGACCUGUGGAUUUCUUGGGAGGAGGGAAUGAAAGUGUUCGAGGAGCUGUUGCUGGAUGCUGACUGGUCGGUGAAUGCCGGGAUGUGGAUGUGGUUGUCGUGUUCGUCGUUCUUUCAGCAGUUUUUCCACUGCUGUUGUCCGGUGAAGUUUGGGAGGAAAGCGGAUCCAAAUGGAGAUUACAUUCGUCGGUAUUUGCCUGUGUUGAAGAACUAUCCAACACGUUACAUCCACGAGCCAUGGAACGCUCCGGAGUCUGUGCAGCGCACGUCCAAGUGUAUUAUCGGUAAGGAUUAUCUACCAAUGGUCAAUCACGCUAUCGCAAGUCGCGCCAAUAUGGAACGCAUCAAACAGGUCUACCAGCAGUUGGCAAAAUAUCGAAGCCCUAGCAGUAGCUUCGAUAGCGAGUUUCCUGAGAAGGGCGGUUCUGCAAUUGCCGGUGUCAUGACUGCUGCCAAAGUGUAUCACAUGAAUGCUUCCAGUCUGAACGACAGCCCUAGUCCAACGACCAUCAUGACCAAUCUCAACAGUUCAGGAAAUUACAUGUGUCGAACAUAUCCACCAGCACAAAGUAAUCUCAAUGCUAAAAUCAUAACCUACCAUCAGAAUCGCGAAACGCAGCAGCACUUGUCGCAUUCACAGCAGCAACGCCCCCUUCACCCGCAUCACCACCAGCAACAAUCACAACAGCAUGCAGGAGGUCAUCAAACUCCUAGCAGCGAUCAGUACUCUAACCUCCAUAAUUCCGCAUACGUCACAAUCAAGCCGGAAAGUCCUAGCAUGACCAUUAGCAACAACAACAGCGAUCUCAUGAAUGCACAGUUCAACACAUUGCAAGACCAGAUGAACAACAGUAUGAUCCCGUUAGGAAGCAGCGGUUCCAAGAUUGAAACGAACAGCUUUGAGUAUGAACGAAAUCAAGAAAAUCUAUACAAUAAUCAGUUCAAAGUGGAAUACACGGACAACUACAACUCCGGGUACGGCAUGCGGAAUGCUGAAUUUUAUGGACGAGGACGAGAGGACGAAUCGGUGGAGCAGUCGUCGGUGCCGAUGAAAUCCGCUCAUCUGAUUCAGCCGGCAAACUUGCCAAACCCGGCCAAGCAACUGAGCGAAAACCAGUUGCACAUCCAUCACCACAACCACCUGAAUCAUCACCAUCAGGCCCGCAGUGCCAUAGCGGAUAAUCACCGAAGGCAGCAGCAGCAACAACAGCAACAACCAAUGCAACAGUCACCAACCAGCGAGGAAAAACUAACGUCCGGUGAUUAGAACCGGUCUUCGAAAAACUUGAUGCGAUGGUUGGAGUGUGAAAGUGAAAAAGUAAGUGCCGCUUCCUAAUAAAUUAGCAGAACUAAGUUCUGUAUCUCGCGAUUCAGGGUGUCUUUCUGUUAUCUGUUAUUUGCAAAAAGACAUGUUCGCUACCGAAGUAAAUAACAAAAAAUGAGGAACCCAAUUUGUACUCUUGUUAUACAUUUGAAAUUAGGAUAAUAAUUCAUUCCAGAACCAGUCACCCUGUAUUGAUGUGUUUACAGAACUGAGUAGUUGUGCAGGCAAAACAUGGGCUGUGGGGAAUGUUCUCAAGCGUAGAAGGCUAAGAGAAGGGCGGAAGUUGUCUUGAUAACGGCAGGGCGUAAACUUCGUAGAAUAAAUAUAGUUGGUUCGCUAUUUUUAGAUAA